CUGAUACGGGAAAGACUACUAACAAUUAUAAUGAUUAAUCAGGCUAGUCGAUUUUUAACAGUAAAUUUAUAUAAAAGUACCAUUUAUAUUACGUUAUUGUACAAAUAAUUAUAAAAUGUACAAUCGCGAUUUUUUUUUAUUCAAAUGCAUGAAGUUCAAUAUUGAACGGAUUGGAUAAUAAAACAAACAAUGUGAUAAUGAUCCAGAACCCAGGCGCUUUGGGAAUGGACCCCCCUUUUUGUAAAUAUUUUGUUUUAUGUUUUAAUUAUUUUUUUGGGGAAAUAUUCUGUAAUAUUUUAACUUAUUAUCAUUUAUUUAAAAAAUGAAAACAACAAGUUAUAAAUUUCAUUAGUCCGAAGCGCUUUUCUGGAUUAAUGGGUUCAUUCUCUUUUCGAUGUGGUUUAUAAUUACAGUACAUUACAUUUGUUUACGCUCUAUUAUUCAAUAGUGGAAAACAAUAAGAUUUACGUUACAAGCUAAGAUGAAAAAUUCUAAAUUAACUCAAAAUCUGCAAUCACAAUCUUUACGACUUUUGCAGUUAUAUCAAAACUUUAGAUUAUUCUAUGCUUUACAAUACUAUUCUCCAUACUCCACUGAAAGAUCGACAAUUGUGUCUCAUUAAAAGAGAUUUUUCUGCAAAAAUGGAAAACGUAGAUACAAAUUCCUUGUUUUAGAUCAUCAAAACAAAUAUUUUACUUUGUGAAGAACCACACUGAUUUCCACAACAAAUACACCGGAGAUGAUGUCAUCAAAAUGCUGGACUUUGUGAUCGACAACACAACAUUUUUGUGAGUUUGGUGGAUUAUCAUUUCAACAGACAGUCGGUAUUCCAAUUGGUACUACUUGUGCAAAACUAUUUACCGACAUAUUUUGAACUAAUAUGAAGCAGAAUUCAUACAAAUACACCGGAGAUGAUAUCAUCAAAAUGCUGGACUUUGUGAUCGACAACACAACAUUUUUAUGUAUUGUAUUCAACGACAGCAUCAAUAAGAAUUUCAGAUAAAACCUGCUGAUAUAUUUAUUUUGUGAAAUCUCUUUAUUUCAAUUUAAAUUCUAAUUCCAAGAAGAGGAAAUAGUGAUGUCAACGGCAUCAGAAAAUAUGAUAUGUUCAUUUGCAUACUGUGAUCAAGGACAUGUUAUACCACCAUGGUCAGCUAGAGUUGACGUAAGGGGGUUUCACGUUCCUAAAUCGAAACGAAAAGGAAUGGUGGUAGAUUGGACAGAUGAUGGCUCUGCCUCUCUCCAUGUGAUUUGUUGGCAGAAAGUGUGUGAACUUGCACAGGGCAAAUCUCCAAACAUCAAGUUGUGCAAGAAAGAAAAGGACUUGAUAAAUGAAGCAGAACAAACAGUAGAGUUUCAUGAUUCAGAAGAAUGCUUUCAGAAAGAGGCUUCACGAAUAGCUGCAUUGUUAAGAGAUUCAGCUUAUUGCAUAGGAUUUACAGGUGCUGGAAUUUCAACUGCAGCUGGCAUUGGAGAUUAUCGAGGCAUACAUGGACAAUGGACUAACAACGAUAAAACCAAAGAAUAUGGUCCUGCAUCAGCUAGUUUUGGGCUAAACGUGCAGUCACAGAGAGACUAUCUUCUUCCAACAUAUACACAUGAAGCUAUUUAUAAAUUAAUGGACAUGGGUUUAAUCAAAUAUUUAAUAAGUCAGAACACUGAUGGACUACACAAGUUGUCUGGAAUUCCAUCGGAUAAAAUAUCAGAAUUACAUGGGAAUGGUUAUGAAGAAAAAUGUGACACGUGUGGGUCGAGGCAUAUGCGAAGGCAAUCAACAGUCCAACACCUGAGAGUACCUCCACAAGAAUGCUGUAGCCUGAUGAUGCCAUUAAUUCCUAAAAAGACAGGCUGUAAUGGAUAUCUGAUGAACACCAUUAUCAAUUUUGGAGAUAUUCUUGAAGAAUUUGUUUAUUCGUCUGCUAAAGAAAAUGGUGAAAAGGCUGAUGCUGUCAUUUGUCUUGGUACAACACUGCUAGUUUCACCAGCUGAUGAGCUAGUUACACUCGGCAAAAAACCUAAUAGACUCGUCAUUUGUAACAGACAAUCUACCCCCUAUGAUGACUAUUGCACUCAAAUAGAUGAACGUGGAGAACAGGUUGGUUCUCGAGUGUAUGGUGACUGUGAUCGUCUUAUGAAGCUGGUUAUGGGUUUUAUUUUAGGUGAAGAUCAUACCAAGGAAUGGGAAGAUGAACGGGAUCAAAGAAUUGCAUUAUAUGAUAUGACUAGGACAUAGAUACUUAGAUAUUAAUCACAAAGUGUCGUAUCGUCAUCAACUCUACAUCUCGUACUUGGAUUCAACGGCUCAUCAAAAUCUGUUCAGGAUGUGUAUUAUAAAGCACUGUUUAUUUUAUGGAUCUGUGUAUUCAAAUGCUGUUUACUUGCAUAAUUGUUAUGAAUCAUUAAAUGCAUAAUUGUAUGAAUCAUGAAAUGCAUAAUUGUAUCAAUCAUUGAACGUAUAAUUGUUAUGAAUCAUUGAAUGCAUAAUUGUAUAAAUCAUUAAAUGCAUAAUGGUUAUGAAUCAUUAAAUGCAUUAUGUAUAUAUUUAGAUUAGUGUGUGUACUAGUAAGUGUAUGCAUGCGAAGGUUUUGUUUUGCUGUACAAAAUAUUUGUUUAUUAUUGCAGCUUGAAAAGUUUAACUUAAAGUGCCAACAAGUUUUGAACUCAAAAUACACACAAAUUGUUGCAUGAUCUUGCAUGAAGCAUAGUAAUUAACCUUUUUCUAUUUUUCAAAACAGUUCAUAUUAACAGAACAGUGUAAAACUUUUUGAAUUUAUCAACUACAGAAACAAAAUGUUAAAGCUGCAAUUUGAUUUUACCGUGACUAAAAGAAUUUCAAGUUCCGAUUUUUUUUUGAUCGACUACUUCAUAUUUACUCAACUGGGGCAUUUGCGGAAUGUUUGCAAAAAUAUAAAGACAGACUUCGCUCGAUGAUAUACUAGUUGCGCUCAAAAGAACUAGUUGGACUUAAACCUACUUUUCUGGUCUAGUGGUUCUUCCUCAGAAACCUGCUGCAGUAUGGUUUUUGAGUAAACAAUAGACCUCUGUUAAUAAAUUGCCAUCAGAAAAUAUGGGGAAAAUGGCAACAAUUAACUCAUUUUCAAAGAUUGCAUCUUCAUAAAAGUAUUAGUCAUAAUAUAUUGGUUGUUUAAUUCCCGAUUAAAAAUAAGUUAAUUCCGACAAUUUGUCUUGUAACUAUCGAGAUGCAAUCGAGUGUUUUCACUUUGAAACCAUACAUUUAGCCUACAAUUACACUCUGUGUAAUUACACAACUUAGAAAAAAUUACAGACAAAUGUACCAUUUAAAUCAUGCUUUAACUGAUGUGCUGACUAAUUGGAAAUGGUAUUUUGACGACUGAGAGUUCACCGGCAGUUUUACUGAACCUCCAUAGGUAACUCCAUGGUAGUAAGUUAACUUAUCUUAAAUUUCAGUAUUUGCACGAGACAAAUUUGUGAAGCCAAACACACAGAACACUCAGAGAAUCAAAACUAAAAGGGCUUUAACAACUUUGUCUAUAUAAUUUGUAAUCGUAGUUUGAGUAUAUACAAUUUGUAUAAAUUUGAAAUUAAAGGCAAAAUGUAUCAUUUGAAUAA